AUGGAUAGCAACUCAACUUCUCCACUCAAUAUUCUUAUGUGGACUAUUACAGGAAUUUUAUACAUGGUUUCUUUUCUAGGAAAUGGAUUUAUCAUGAUUGUUCAGGGACAUCAGUGGCUUCAAAAAAGAAAGAUGUUGCCUUAUGACUUCCUCUUAAUUAGUUUAAGCACCUUCAGAUUUAUGAUGCACCUGCAAUCUUUACUGAACUAUUUUCUGUAUAUUGCCUUCUCAGAGACCUGUACGGGUUUUUAUAAAGAAAUAAUUGGAUAUGCUAUUUGGCUCUUCUUCAACCUGGCCAGUCUUUGGGCUGACACGUGGCUAAGUGUUUUCUACUGUGUGAAAGUUACUAACUUUACCAGCUACCUCUUUCUCUGGCUGAAGCCAAGGAUCAACAGGCUUGUACCCAGACUAUUUGGAAUGUCAAUAGUCAUUUUCAGUAUCUUCCCUGUUCCUUUAGUUAUUGACUAUCUUGGACAAAAAUGUGGGGGCAAUUUGACUAUUAUUUUGCUACUGAAUGUCAGCGAAAAUGAAUCUGAUAAGAAAAACCUAUUUUAUGUGCAGCUGACUUAUACUUCCAUAACUUUCUGCACCAGUGUCAUUGCAUCCACACUUUUGCUCGUUUCACUGUGGAAGCACGCAAGGAAUCUGAAGAAAAGUGGUUUGGGUGGCAAAGACCUCAACACUCAAGUCCAUGUGAAUGUCAUAAUACUAUUGCUGUCUUAUGUUUUUCUCUACCUCGUAUAUUUCACCACUUUGACACUUAUGGUUCUGGAUGUUAUUAAAGGGCCAAUUGCUGAGAUCUUGGCAACUUCAUUUCCUUCUGCACACUCCGUUAUAUUAAUAUUGACUAAUCCCAAACUAAAGGCUAUGGCAGUUCACAUUCUGAAUAGCAGGCAAAGAACUUCAUAA